GAGUUUGCCGGUACGACUGUCUUUCUACUCAUCGGGUUUGGCGGGAUCCAAGCAUCGACCAGCGAAACCGACGCGAGCGCAAAUACUUCUGAGGUCAUACAUGUGCUCUAUAUAGCAACAUCCAUGGGUCUCAGCCUCUUAGUUUCUGCUUGGCUCUUUUUCAGAGUGACAGGCGCGUUGUUCAACCCAAACAUUAGUCUCGCUUUGCUCCUCGUCGGCGUUAUUCAGCCAAUACGUUUCAUUCUAUAUUGUGUGGCUCAAAUGACGGGAGCCAUCACCGCGGCGGCUCUAGUCGUUGCUCUGACACCGGGUCCACUGAGCGUCAAUACGACUCUUGCUCAAGGCAUCAAUCACGCCCAGGGUGUUUUCAUAGAGAUGUUCAUCACAGCUGCGCUGGUGCUUGCCGUUCUCAUGCUAGCCGCUGAGAAAAAUCGGACCACGCCUUUCGCACCGAUUGGUAUUGGCCUCACGCUGUUCGCAUGCCAUCUUUUUGCAGUGUUUUAUACUGGCGCUGCGAUGAACACCGCGCGCGCGUUUGGGCCUGCGGUUGUCACCGGCUUUCCUUUCAGCUAUCAUUGGGUGUACUGGGUGGGGCCAUUCUUGGGUUCUCUCUUGGGUGCUUCAUUUUAUGCCGCUUUAAAACAUUCUGCGUACUGGAAGAUUAGCCCUGACCAA